AGGUGGAAAUCGAACAAACCCUCUACCGCGUGGUUUAUCUGUGCGCUGUUUUUUGCGUCAAGCUGAAAAGUGAUUUUGCUUCUUCAUAGUUGGUUGAUUGCAGACUAUGCUAUUAGAGAAUAGUCAACUGCGGAUAUAUCUCGCUCAGCCGCUGAUGUUUCCUAAUUAUAUUCUGUAGAGACGGAAAGAACUUCAAAAGUCCUGCAGGCUCGUCGUCGCCACCCGCGAGCGUUGACUUACGAUUUGAAGUUUUAUUUCGACUCAAUUUGUGAUUGGAAAAACCUAAGUAUCAGUUGUCAACAUGUUUGUCGCGGCGCGCUCUAUUCUCGCAAGUGUUUGUCGUGAAUCGCGUCGCUUUGCUUGCUCGAUUAAACCUACGCCUACUAAUGCGACGUCAGCGAUACAACAGCAUGAACAUUUAACAGAAACGAAGAAUGGUUCUAAAUUACCUCCCCAUGAUCUUCGCCAAAACCAAUUAAUCUACGAGACUGAGCCAGUAAAAUAUUGUAUAGACGAUUUUAAACACUUAAUCAAAGAUGAGACGGAUAAAAAACGAAUACAUCUGAUUCUUCUUGAACGGUUGGAACGAGAAGACUCAGGCCAGAUGCCUCGCGUUAUAAAAGAAAAAGAUAUGAUAAAUCUCAUGGGUCUGAGGUCACCUACUCAAAGGUCUUCAUACUUUCGCUAUCUGUUCAAAACAGAAAUGAGUGAAGCUAAUGCUAAGGCUAAAAAGGAAAGACGCCGACUUGAACGGAUGUCCUUACCGAAGAAGCCUACCAAGAUGGAUAAAGGUAUUUUUCCAAUUAUUCGGGACCAGCAAGAACUUCUUUUCUAUAACUGGCGACUAGCAAGCGCUGCUUUGUUUGGUCAGAAGCUUGUCCUUGAUUGUUCCUUUGAAAAUGUUAUGCGUUGGCAAGACCUGAGCAGCCUAUGUCAACAGCUGCAGCUUAUCUUCGCCGCGAACAAGCUAUCACGAGAUCCGUUCGACUUGAUUUUAUCCGACAUCCCGAAAGGAGGCCUGAUGGAUGAAGCAAUCGAUCGCAGAUUUCCCCAGAUGAAGACUAAAAAAUGUCUUAUCACCAAGAGCUACGAUAGCUACCUGGAUAUGUUUCCACCAGAAAAACUCGUCUACCUUUCACCAGAUUCGACCAAUAUCAUGGGAAAAUAUGAUCCGGACGCCAUAUAUGUGAUAGGUGGAAUUGUCGACGUGUCAAUGACUAGACCUCUCUCGCUCGCCAAGGCUAAAAAACAACGCAUACAACACGCUAAACUGCCAUUGGGUCAUUAUGUGCCUGAAUUUAGGCCUGGCUCAUCCCAAGCGUUUGCGCUUCAUGUGAUUGGUGACAUUCUGCUAACGUUGAAAGAAACGAAUGACUGGAAAGCGGCGUUUUCAAAAAUUCCGUCACGUUACAUAACUAAUAUUAGGAAAACGUUUGCUAAUCGUAAAAGUCGACUCCCAUUCUGUUCUAAUGGUACUGAUCGUUACAAUAAUAGAAACUUCAAAUAAGGCAUCUACUAAUCGCUUAGAAAC